GCAAUGUGGGCUCCACCGGCCAUUGCGAAGCCGCCCGGGUGACAGCGCCGAGCGCGGGGCCGAAGGGAGGGCGUUGGCUGGCGCGAGAUGGCGGCGGCGGCCUUGUACCUGGAGCACUACCUGGACAGUAUUGAAAACCUCCCUUAUGAGCUGCAGAGGAAUUUCCAGCUUAUGCGAGAGCUGGAUCAGAGAACAGAAGACAAGAAAGCAGAAAUUGACAGUCUUGCUGCCCAGUACAUUUCCACAGUGAGGAGUCUGUCAUCGGAGCAGCGGGUAGAAAUCCUGCAGAAGAUCCAGAAUGCUUAUGCAAAAUGCAAAGAGUACAGUGAUGAUAAAGUGCAACUGGCUAUGCAGACAUAUGAGAUGGUAGAUAAGCACAUUCGCCGGCUGGAUGCUGACCUGGCACGAUUUGAAGCUGAUCUGAAGGAUAAGCUGGAAGGCAGUGACUUUGAAAACCCUGUGGUACAAAGCCUUAAAAAGGGGCGAAUUCCAAAGGAUAAGAAAACCUCCCGGGGUCGAGGCCGGCGGACAUCUGAGGAAGAUGCUCCAGUAAAAAAGAAACCAAAGCGAAGAUCUGAAUUAGCUGAUACCAUCUUGUCGGUUCAUCCUUCGGAUGUUUUGGACAUGCCUGUGGAUCCCAACGAACCCACAUAUUGCUUGUGCCACCAAGUAUCCUAUGGAGAAAUGAUUGGCUGUGACAACCCUGAUUGUCCCAUUGAAUGGUUUCAUUUUGCUUGUGUGGACCUCACCACCAAACCCAAAGGGAAAUGGUUUUGUCCUCGCUGUGCUCAGGAGAAGAAGAAAAAGUAGAAAUGAUGGGAGUGUAUAGUCUGAAAGAAGUUUAAUAUAUUCAUAUUUGUUGCAAUAUUUUAACCUACUUUGUUUAAUCUGAUAUUCGUCAGAGGCCAGUUGUAGUUCUCCUUAUCACAGAGGGAGCCAUCCUAAUGAGAAAAGGGGGAAGCAGAGAAUGUUCAUUGGUGAUGUUUACCUGGGUUACACUUCCAUGGCACAGUAAUCAAUGUUAUGAAGUACUAAGCGUAGCCCUGCACUGGAAUUUCUGCUCACAUACUGAAGUCUGUGAAAUUGCCUAUGGCCUUGCACAUGAAGAAGAUACCAUUUAUUUGUUAUGAAACGUGUAGUCAUUCUGUUCUGCACAAUAUUUAUGAAGGAUUUUAAAUCUGACUGCACCUUUCUAAAAAUCUUAUAAAUGCUGACAAAGAGGGGGGUGUUCUAUUUUUGAAUGUGCAGUUCUGUUCCUUUGGAAGCAAGUUGCAAAGCAAUGAAUGUUUUCUUGCAAAGGCAGAAAGAAAAGUAAUAUGUAUUAUUUUGAUAAGUUGUGUUCUAUGAGUAAAGUUCAGGAGUUGUACACCUGUACUCAUCGUUUCUGAUUUGUCCACUACUGCCUUUGGGUUUCAUUCUGGUCUCACUGAAAUCAUACAUCCACUCCUGACAUAUAUACUUAACAAAGCCACAUGUUGUCGAGAAGAUGAGUAUGAUAUCAAUGUAGUCUGAUUCACUUAUGGGGAAAAACCCUGUUAGGAUUACUUUUCAUUGGCCAAGCUCUUAGGUGUUGAACAUUAACAAAUAUAUAAUCAGGAAAACUAGCUUUCGGAGAACAACAGUUUUUUAAAAAGGAGAGAUUCCUGUGACUGCAUAGCAGCUGAGCUAUUUGGUGUAAUUUAUGGUGUUUGGUAUGAAAUGUCUUUGCUCUGAUUUCUCUGAGAUGCCUUCCAGUAAAAAUGUAAAUCUCAGUAUCUCUAAGAAUCUCAGGUUGGAGUCAGGCAUUAGGUUUUCCCCCAGAAGUUUCACAAUAGAGCCAUCAAUAUCUAUAAUGUGUAUACUCACAUUUGUAGGCUUUGUUGUGUUUUGAAACCUGCAAAUUCUGUUUGACCAGAGAUAAUAGUGGGACAAAAGAUACAACUGUGCACCAUAGAUAAUGAAGGCUAUAAUAUCACCUUCAAUUGUUCAAACUUACAUUUCUAAACUAAAGACUUAAAAAGAGGUCCAUUCAGUGAGAAGAAAUAAAUAAUAUUCUGUACAAAUGGCCAGUUCUCCCAUUUGUCUUAGCUAUGCUUGUAUUGUCAGGUAACGAUGGUGGCUGGUUUGUAGUGAUUUAAAAACAGCCAGACUACAGCAGACACAGCUAUACUAGCUUCUGCAAUAGUGUGGAGUUUAAGAAUUCCCUUAUUACCCACAAAUUACAGUGAUGGGUUAUUCACCCUUUGAACAACUGGCACUACAUAAUGUCUGCAAGAUCACAGUGAAUCUCACUUUCAUUCUGGAAAAUAAAGGGAAGAUUAAUUGCAAGAUAAAAACAUAUGGUCAACCAUUCUAGCUUUACAUUAAGAAAAACUGUAUUACUGAAAGAACUUAGUUUGCUUUUUGUUGGUUAGGAAAGAAUGUAACUUCUAAUUGCUUACUUCACAUCACUCUUUUUUACAUACAACUUUGUAGACAAUAAUGCAAUUCGACAGUAUUCUUUGUAUCACGUCAGGUUUUCUAGAGCUGCAUUUACUUUUUGACGUUCAUGCACAUAUUUGCAUUAUGUUUAUAAGAUGUAGGGAGGGAAAUAUUCUUGGAGUUCUGGUGCCCUGCUGUCAUAACUUGCUCCUAGAAUGUUGCAUACUGCAUAAUGUUCUGCUGUUGUCAAGCUUAAAGAUUUUCAGGAGCAAGUUGUCAUUCUCAAACAGCUAUCUCCUAAAUAUCACAUGCACAAGUAUGGAACAAUGCAAAAAAGGGUAAGGGGAUUAGAUCUUCUAAGUCAUGGGGGAGAGCACUUCCAUCUAAAACUGAAGUUGGGAUGCAGUAAUCUUUUAAUGUAAAGUAAGCCUGCACAAAUUGUCAUCCACCAAUUUGAAUACAUAAUAGUUUGCAUUUGAGUUGGUGGGUCACAGGUUUUCCAGCCUGCAUUAAAGUUUUAGUAGUAGAUCUGCUUUUCCAUAGAGAAUAAACCUUGUCAGAAUUCAAGAAUUGGUAGUUCAGCAAUUAAUGAGUACCUGUUACUGUGGACCAUAAGGCAAGGUGGCAUUAAUUUCUACUAUAAUAGCAAUGUCAAGAUCUAUUUUCCCUUCCUUCCAAAUAUGUUAUAUCUUAGAUAACAAAGGAAUAAUGCUAUAGGUUGACAUAAAUCUUGGAAGCACUUGAGAUGUUUCUGGAUAGGCAAUUAAUGCUGCUAUGUAGCUAUUGAAGCAAAGUAGGCUGUUACUUUACCAUAAAUUAAAUCCUGUAAUCAGUCCCAAGAAAAUAGAUAUUUUUUUCUUAGGGAGUUCUAGAACAGUAGUGAAUAUACAUAUGUAUAUGUUUUUCACAACCCAGUUUCAGGAAUAUAGUCUUGGACUGAGCAAUAAAAAGUGUCCAUGUGAAAAGUUCCGUCUUAAAGAGAAGCUCAAUGCUGAUUGUCAAUUAGUUUGUUCAAGGUUUUUAAAUCCGUAUUGAUUAUGAACAUCAGUCAUCUUGAUACUGAUCUGUGGAGAAUGUAUUCGCUUGAAUUUUCAAUGUAUCCUGUUUCACAAUUGUUACUUUUCACUGUCAGAAUUUGGAGCACAGGAAAAUUUGAAGAUAAUUGCCCCACCUCUUCCUUCACCACUGAUAACCUACACAUUUUACGUUAAUCACCUUUAUUCCCCAUAAUUUCUCAUAAGUGAGCAAAUGUCACACCUAAAUUUUCUUGGCAAGGAAUUAGAUUUGUUUCCUUUGUAAAUGGAAGAGAAUAUUAGAAAUCUUUUUAUUAAAAUGUGAAAAUGUAUAUCUGUAUUUUUGAUCAUGUUAUAGAUAUAAUAGGUAUAUUGUUAUAAAUAAAGUAUUUUUGGGAACAAA